AUGGAGUUUGGAGUAACUGAACGGUUCUUGGAGAGGCUGUCCGUUGAGGUAUGUAUGAAAAAAUGUUUUGACUAUCAAAUUGUCUUUAAAUUUUGCACGCACUUUGGGCAUCGGCCACAUAUCAAUUCCUGAAAGUUUUAGCCCGAGCUUUGCAGGCGCCGCCGUGAUAUUCAAUAAUCUUUGCGGCCGAGAGAGCGCACAAAACGUGGAGAGCGAGCACAGAGAAAAACACAUUUUGCCCUGAUCUUUGCCAGUUACUUUAACGGCGAAAAAGAAAUUUUUUCGUUUGAAAAUUUUGUGUUUAUACGGCUGAGAAAUUUUUUGUACAGUACUUGUCGUGUUUGGAAAGCCUUCCUCACUCUACGUCCCUUCUUGCCUUCAAAGGUCAUUGAAUAUUUUGGCUGUGUUAGAAAAGCGUUCGGCGGAAUCUUCUGGUAAUGAUUUGUGUUGUAGAUGAACUAUGACGGGCGUAAUUUUGAGGAAGUCUAAAUGCCAUACCAUUCUUGUCAUGAGAGCUAAAACUAGACCUAGGGCUUGCCGAUUUCACAAAAUCACAUAUUUUUUUUAUAACUUAUCUUUUCAGAUUCAAGACAAAAUCUUCUACAGGUUUGCGGUGCCCGAACUGAUCUGCCUGCACCAGAAAUUCGGUAGAAAUUUUGUUUCCUUCUCUCAAAGCCAUCGAUUUAGGAGAAUCUGUCUAAUUAACGAGUUGGUUCUGGAGACUCCCGAAGUGUCUUGGCUAAACUAUUUUAUUGAGUAAGUUAGUUCUUUGAAAAAGAGUAUUCCUCGUUUUUCAGAGUCCUAAACAAUUUGAAAACCGCAAUAGAAACCUACGGAAUCACAGCCGGGAUGGACAGAAAAAAACAAAUGGGCGAUGCAAACCUCUUUUCGCAUAUGCACAAUUGCCUAAGGAAUCGAAAUAAAAUGGUGACCGGUGAUGACAAGGCGCUAGAAUUUGAGAUAAAGCUCAAAGUUCCGAAAGAAGCGGCCUUGCGAAGGCUGCAAGGCCCCGAAACGGAAGAAGAGACGUUGGUGAUUGGGCAGAAACACGAGAGAGUUUGCUUAUCGAUAGCUCCCAACAGGAGCAUACAACUUUACACAGAUGCAUGGCAGGAGCACAGGUAUUCGUUCAAGGUAAAAAAAUGUCCAUGCACUUCAGUAAAAUACUAUUGAUUUGUCGGAAAAAUAAUGAUCACAAUGUCGCCGCACCAAUCGCGUCGCUCAAGCGAAAACUUUUUGAUUUUACCGCGACAAAAUUCAUUUUCUCGGCGGCGAUGCGAUUUUCGAUGCGACAGAGUGCUCAUUAUUUUCCCGACAGAGUGAUAAUAGUAAAAGUUACCCUUUCUUUCCAUUCAUGGGCAAAUUCUCGCCUCAAACGACAUUUUUUCAGCUAAAUUCGCGCGUUGAGCAGUCCGCCUUCUACUACGACAGUCGAACAGAAACGGUCUAUUUCACAGAGCUUUCCAAGAUCUACAAAAAGAACUUGACGGAUGACAGUGACCGUCAAGUUGUUGUGGAAUCGCCCUCUUUGGGGAGGUUCUUCAUGGCCGUGGAUGGUCAUCAUUUUCACCUUGUGUGUCACAAUUCUGACGGGCUAUAUGUAAUGUACGGCGAUCUGAGGGAAGGCCGGUUUACGAGGAGUUUGUUGCAGUGGAAACAAGGAUGUGUAAGCACGAGUUUUAGCGCCGAUUGCUGGCUGUGUUCAUCAUAAAAACUGUAGUAACUAAUGUCCUUCAGAUCCUGAAUAUCCAUGGAAUUGAAGACACCCUAGUAGUGCAACAAAAUGACCGUAUCGCUGUGUUCAGAAGUAAUCUGGAGAGUCCACCCAAACUUGUUGAACGCGGCGUUGGUCCCAUCGCUGUCUUGAACCCCCAUUGCAUCGCAUUCAACGGGAUUGACGCGUUCGGUUCUUCGGUGGUGAAGGUAAGGAAAACUUAUCGCAAAAAAUCGUUAAGUUUCCCAAAAAGAAUCUUUGCAUGAACCUUGAAAAGAACGAAUUUUCAGAUUCUCCGAAAAACCGAAAACGGAGUGAAAGUCAGCAUGAUACGAAAGACGGGCGACCAGAUUCGAAGGUACGCCAAUCAGAUCCUCGGAGUUAUGUCUGGAGGCACCUUAUUCGUAUAUCUAAUUGAGGACGAAAAAGUAGAUCCCUCGCUUUUAUUUGAGGCCAAACCCGGGCCUCAACCGCCUCGAGGAAACAUUUAUUCGUUGUAUGGGAGGUAG